UUUUUGAUAUCAUUUGAAAUGACGCUUGACUCCGUGAUCAAUGUUAAAUUUUAUAAGGGACUUGUUCUUGAGAAACACCGUUUCAAAUGCAAAAUGGAUUUAUUAAAGGCUGAGAUCGAAAGGAAAAAAAGACAACUAGAUGAGAGUCAGGUUUUGGUUCCUGGCAAAAAAUAUUUUAAGCGUGGAGAUUUGGCGAAGCAUUAUCAGCAGAGUUUUUAUAAUAGAAAUUCUUAUGAUGUUGAAAAUUCUUCUACUAAUGAGGAGCUGAUAGAGAAAAAAGAUGUCCCACUUUCGGAACCUGAAGAAUCAAAGAAGGAAGAAAUUCUACCUCGGAAAGAUGUUAUCCGAAGGUUACGUGACAGAGGAGAACCAAUUCUUCUGUUUGGGGAAACAGAACUUGAAGCUUACCAAAGACUAAAACGGCAUGAAACUUUGGAACCUGAUGUAAACAAAGGUCAAGGAGGUCAGAAUGACUUCAAAGCUGCUUUGGACAAAGUUGAUCAAGAAUAUUUAAAUGAGUUAAUUAAAACUACAGAUGGAGCUGCCAAGUCCAAUGAUGUUGCUUUUAAAGAUGAUGGGACCACAUUAGAAGAUAUUGAGAAAAUGAAAAAAGAGCUUGGACAGAUUAACCGUGAUUGGGAUCAAGAAAUUGUUUUGCGAUUUCUCAAAUAUAUCCUAAAGCUAUGGGGUGAGGAAUUAAAUAGUCGUACUGAAGAUCAAAAACGAACUAUGAAAGGCAAAAUGGGCAGUGCUACUCAUACACAAACUGUUGCAUACUUAAAACCUUUGUUUCGAAAACUCAAACAGAAAAAAGUGGAGGAAGACAUUCUGGAAAGCAUGGUAGAGAUUGUGAAAUAUAUUAUGAACAGAGAUUAUAUAAAGGCUAAUGAUGCUUAUCUCGAAAUGGCUAUUGGUAAUGCCCCUUGGCCUAUAGGAGUUACCAUGGUAGGUAUUCAUGCACGUACUGGUCGAGAGAAGAUUUCUUCUCGAUAUGUCGCUCAUGUACUCAAUGAUGAAACCCAAAGGAAAUACAUCCAGGCAUUAAAACGGUUGAUGACACAGUGUCAACAUUUCUUCCCAACCGAUCCUUCCCGGAGUGUCAACUAUGAAUCAAUACAUUCAGUUUAAUACACAAAGGAAAAAAAAAAAUCUGAAUUCACUGAUUUUUAAGAUAGAUUAAAAAAAAAAAUACUGAAAAUCUAUUUCUGUAUAUAUUGUACAUACUGUUAUCGGAAUGACUACACUGAGCAAGAAACUGAAUAGUAAUGGAGUGGAUGUCAGCUUUUCAUAAAUAAAUAUAUACUCUGCAA